GAAGGGGGACUGGGUCAGGCAUCCGCCUGGGAGCCAAUCAGAGGCCAAAGUUGGAAAGGGGCGGAACCUGAUCGCGUAGCUAGUACCGCCACCGAAGCCAGCGCGUAGCCCGCCGCUGUCACCGCGGCCUUCGUCUCUGCGUCGCGGAGAUGACCAUCGGGAGGCCUCCGGGAGCCCCGGGCGGCGCUCAGGGGAGCCGUCAGGUAUUUCCCCCCAAGUCCUCCUCAGACUCGGAUACAGAAGAGGAGUUGUCUGGGGAUGGGCUGGUUUUGCCCAGGGCUGGCAAACUGGAUGACUUCCUUGGCCCAGAGGACUUGACGCUUUCUGAAUCUUCUGACUCAACUGGGAGCUUUUAUGAGACCCUGGAGGUAGUAAAGCAGAAAGGCAGGUGGUGCCUGUUGGAAUCCCUUUAUCAGUCUGACCCAGACAGUGGUGAGAACUUCUCCGAAGAUGAUGACGACCUGGAGAGUUUCUUCCAAGACGAAGGCAGGGGGAAGCCACAGGUCCAGUACCCCGUGUCUCCAAGGUGUGGCCCCACAAGGCGCUGCAGCUCGCUGAGCAGCCUUCCGUCCGACGACCCCAAGGGUCAGCCCCCGCCACCCUCAGGCUCCAGGCCUCCUUCGCAGCACAGAAGCCGCAGCUCCUGGGCAUCAUCCAUCACCGUCCCUCAGCCAUUCCACAUGACUCUGCGUGAGGCCCAGAAGAAGGCCCAGUGGCUGGCCUCCCCUGCCUCCUUCGAGCGGGAGAGGAAGCAGGCCCAGCGGCAGGGUCAGGAGGAGGCCGAGUGCCACCGGCAGUUCCGGGCGCAGCCCGUGCCCGCGCACGUCUACCUGCCCCUCUACCGGGAGAUCACGGAGUGCAGCGAGGCCCGCAGGCAGGCAGGGAUCCAGAAGAGGAAGGAACUGCUCCUCUCCUCCUUGAAGCCCUUCAGCUUCCUAGUGAAGGAGGAACAGAGAAAGGAAGCCGCUAAACAGAGGGAGUUGGCCGCCACAGCCAAGGCCAAGGUCCCCAAGCAGAAGGCCACCAGAAGGAUCCCCAAGUCCAUUCUGGAGCCAGCCCUCGGGGACAAACUCCAGGAAGCAGAACUCUUCAGGAAAAUUCGCAUCCAGAUGCGAGCCCUAGACAUGCUCCAGAAGGCCUCCUCCCCUGUCGCCUUCUCCGGCGGCCGGCCUGACCCACAGCCUCGCACAGCUACCCGAACCCAGCAGGAAAAGCUUGCGUUUCUGCACCCUGACUUUGGAUUCCAGCCUCGGGUGAAUCCUGCUGUCCCUGACUACGAAGGCCUUUACAAGGCCUUCCAGAGAAGAGCUGCCAAGAGAAGGGAGGCCAGGGAGGGGACCCGCAACAAGCCCUUCUUGCUGAGAACCAGCAGCCUGCGUGGCGCUCAGCGGCCCAGUGAUGCCGCCACGUCCGGAGGGAGGAGGGACUCUCCACAGCCACCAGCCACACCGCUGCCAAGGAGUCGUUCUCUGAGUGGCCUUGCUUCCCUCUCUGCCCACACCCUCCCUGUGCACAUCACGGACAUCACCAGGAAGAGGGAAUCUGCAGUCAGAAGUUCACUUGAAAAAAAGGACAAAGCAGAUGAGAGUACUCAGUGGUUGGAGAUGCACAAAAAGAAGCGUCAAGCGAUGUCUAAAUCCGUGACCUUGCGUGCGAAAGCCAUGGAUCCCCAUCAAAGCCUAGAGGAGGUGUUCAAAGCAAAGCUGAAAGAGAAUCGGAACAAAGACCGUAAAAGAGCAAAAGAGUAUAAGAAAGAAUUGGAAGAAAUGAAGAAGAGAAUACAGACAAGGCCGUAUCUCUUCGAACAAGUUACCAAGGACCUUGCCAGGAGAGCCGCAGAACAACGGUAUCGAGACACCCUGCAGCAGGCUGGGCUGGAUGAAGACUUUGUGAGGAACAAGGGUCAGGGCAGCCGGGUUGUACGAUGGCGGGAGCAGUCAGAAGUCCGUGACUGUCCCAGCACCCAUGAAACUACAAAACUCAGCACCAGAAAUGCACAGCAGGAUUUAGAAGAAUCUCUACAGCAGCCUACAAGCCCCAAGAAAGAACUGGAAGAGCUGUCUUAUGAAUUGCUAGAUAAUUUCAAAUCACUUGCUUAAUCAGUAACACUUAAAAUUACUGCUUUUCAGUAUUAACCAGCUAACUUGGGGUUGAGUCAAGGCAAGCAAAACUUGGCUUCUGAGUCAUGGCUACUCUUGGAGAAUGGGGAAAAGAGUAGUAGCAGGGGGAAAAAAAAGCAGAUGACAAACAGGGAAUGAAUGGUUUAAGUAAAUCAAAGUGAACAACCUCAGGGCAGAGGGAUCAGAGCUGAGUUAAGCAUUCUUGCUUUGUGCCUCCUACUUUAAAAAAAAGAGCACAAGCCCAAAUGCCUAACAGAGGCUAGUUAGGAAACAAAGAGAUCACAUGGGCUGGGUAUAAGAUAGUAGGAGACAGUAGAGACUAGUGUCUCUGCUAGAACACAGGCCCAGAACUGCCACAUCAAGUGAGCUUUCAACAGAAGCCAGAAAUUUGCAUGUUGGCAACUAAUUUAAAAAUUAUUUAGAAAUAUUGUGUGGGGUAGGAAGGGAAAAAUGAAGGGGGGAAA